AUGAUCACCAGCAAUGACCAGCAACCACCAGCAAUGAUUACCAGCGAUGACCAGCAACCACCAGCAAUGAUCACCAGCAAUGACCAGAAACCACCAGCAGUGAUCACCAGCAAUGACCAGCAACCACCAGCAGUGAUCACCAGCAAUGACCAGCAACCACCAGCAGUGAUCACCAAUCGAUGGCCAGCAACCACCAGCAGUGAUCACCAGCGAUGGCCAGCAACCACCAGCAGUGAUCACCAGCAAUGGCCAGCAACCACCAGCAAAAGAAGUGAGAUGAAUGAUUCUGAUGAAGUGCAGAUAUUGCGGGAUAAAGUAGAGAAGCUUGAACAAGAACUUCAGGUCUCCACAGAUGCUCUACAUUUGGCACGGCAACAGCUGCAACUGCAGGACAAGCUCAUUGAGGAUGUGGACAAACUUCGAAAAGAGGUGGAACUUGCCAACAAGCGCCUGGAAGAGAGGGAUGUCCAGUUGCAGUGUUUGUUACGACAGUUGGCUCUCACACAGACAAAAUGCAACAAUCUGGAGGAAGAAAGGAAUAGAACAAUCAAUGUGGAUAUUUUACAGAAGGAUCCUAGUGCUGGAGAAAUUAACUUGGAAACAUGUCAGGAAGAAAAUGAAAAACUGAGAGAAGCUCUGAGGGAAACCAAGGAAAAAGUUGGCACAUCAAAUGCUAAGCAGAAGAGCAUGCGAAAAGAGAUUGACCAACUGACUAAAGAACUGUAUGACUACAGAAACGAGAACAAACAGAGGCAUUAUGGCUGUGAUAAAUCAACGCAGACUCAACACUUAACUGAUUAUUCAAAUGGGAACAAAACAAAAGAAACAGAAGAGAAAGUUUAUGAUUUACAUGCCAGUGAGGAACAGUUCCCUGAUUGGGGUAUGGAAAAGUUUUGUGGGCAGCACUCACUGUCAAUUGCUGACAGCAUAAAAGGUGUAGCUGAGAAAAUGGUCCAAGAGUUGGAUCUGGACAAAGAGAAAGGUCUUAAUGGGGAGAAUGCAGAUCAAGUGGGCAGUUAUCCAGACAGCUCUCUCCAAGGACAGGAUGAAGGCUCAGGAGAUAGUAGCACUUCUCAUGCUCCAGAUUCUUCCUUUGUUUUUGAUCCUUCUUCAGGAAUGUACUAUGAUUCUCAUAGUGGCUAUUACUAUGAUUCAAGCAGCACACUUUAUUAUGAUCCCCGGACAGGUACUUAUUUUUACUACAAUCAUUCCACUCAAGAAUAUGAAUUCCACUCCAAAGUGGAUUUAUCCGAGUAUAACGGUGAAACUGGUGUAGACAGUGCCAGUGACAGCUGUGCAAGUUCAACAGACUCUGAUGAAGAAAGUCAGACUGAAUCCAGUGAAUUGGAAGAAGGUGAAAUUAAAGAAGAGAAAUCACCCAAGAAAAAGUCACACAAAAACAAGAAAAAGUACCAAACUCUUGAGAAUGGAUCUGCUGUGUCUUAUCUAGUUCCAUGUGAAGACGAUCCUUACAACAGCAAAAGUAUUUCAGCAGAGCCUGUCCUCUACAGAAGUGACCAUGUGGAUGCUGAGAGUUCAGAUGUGACAAAUGAUGCUGAUUAUCAAGCAUGCAUGGAACUUUAUUCACAGAUUUCUCAUCAGAAAGACAGUUUAACUCGAAACGUCAGUGGUCCUGUUUGUCAUCAAAGACAAGAGUCAUCUGAAAUGUGGCCACCUUGUAUUCGUCUGAUUGUCACUGAAUCGAAUUGUCUUGAUGUGGGCAAGCUAUUUGUUGUUACCUGCACAGGGGCAUCCAUUGGACAACGCAAGAAAGACUUAAUCCAAGUUAAUGACAUUGGCAAAGUUGGAUUAUUCGCCAAAAUUUCCUUUGAUAAAAAGAAACAAUGUUAUACCGUGAAAGGAUACAGCAAGCACACAGCCCCUUGUGUCAAUGACAAACAAGUGUUCCAGGCUCAUGAGCCAGUGUCUUUAACACAUGAGGAUUGCCUGAUCGUUGGCCAGACAAAACUCUCUGUUCACAUUCAUGAUGGAUAUGACACGUGCGAUGGCUGUGAGCCAGGAUUAGUACAAGCCAAAUAUGCUGCUGAAAUAGAGAGUAAACAACCUGAGUGCAUGUCAGCAUCACACGAAGAGACAAAGAAAAAGAAACAUCGCAAAGAACUAAUGGAAAUAAAGAAAAAAUAUGGUUUAAAGGAUUCUGCUUAUGUUGAUAAUCAAGAGGCUCUGAAAAAUCCAAAUUAUGUUGACAAAGCUUCGAAUCGAAGAAAAACAGUUGGCAGUGACAACCCUUAUAUGAAAACUCAAACUGAUCAAACAUCAGUCCAUGAGGAAAUUUCCACAGAAAACAGAGGUCGAAAGAUGCUAGAGAAGCUGGGUUGGUCUUCUGGGCAGAGUCUUGGCAAGACCAGCUGUGGAAUUGUAGAACCAAUAACCCCAUUUGUCCGGUUGGAUCCAGCUGCUGGCUUAGGUUCUUGUGCUACAGCCAUGACGCUAAUAUCCCAGAAGGAGAAAAACUGGUUCAAUGCAAAAGCAAGAUUUGACAAAAUUGACAAGCAGGACGUUUCUGAAGUGAAACCUUCCAAAAGAUACAAGAUGUGGAUUAAAGGUCAGACAUUGAAUCCAUCCUGA